CCAUGCGGGCGGGCGGCGCCGGGGCGCGGGGCGGCUGAGGGCGGCGGCGGGGCCGGCCGCGGGAGCCGCCGGGCCGGCGGGGAGAGGCCGCAGGGCAUGCCAGCCGCCUGCCCCGAUGUUUCCCUGGAGCAAGUGGAAGAAGAGGAUGGGAGCGAGCGCCUCCUCCUCCAAGAGACCCGUCUUCGACGAGCGAGAGGACGGUGUGCAUCGUGCAGAAGAGGGACACAGAGAAGAUGUACGCCAUGAAGUACAUGAACAAGCAGCAGUGCAUCGAGAGAGAUGAGGUGCGCAACGUGUUCCGAGAGCUGGAGAUCCUGCAGGAGAUCGAGCACGUGUUCCUGGUCAAUCUCUGGUAUUCCUUCCAGGAUGAGGAGGACAUGUUCAUGGUGGUGGACCUGCUCCUGGGAGGUGACCUGCGCUACCACCUGCAGCAGAACGUGCAGUUCACUGAGGAGACAGUCAAACUGUACAUCUGUGAGAUGGCGCUGGCCCUCGACUACCUGCGGAGCCAGCACAUCAUCCACAGAGAUGUAAAACCAGACAACAUCCUCCUCGAUGAACAAGGUCAUGCCCAUUUAACAGAUUUUAAUAUUGCAACCAUCAUUAGGGACGGGGAAAGAGCGACAGCAUUGGCUGGGACAAAGCCAUACAUGGCCCCAGAGAUUUUCCACUCCUUCCUGAGCGGCGGGACGGGCUAUUCCUUCGAGGUGGACUGGUGGUCCCUGGGCAUCAUGGCCUACGAGCUGCUGCGGGGCUGGAGGCCGUACGACAUCCACUCCAACAACCCCGUGGAGUCCCUGGUGCAGCUCUUCAGCACCGUCAGCGUGCAGUACUCCUCAGCCUGGUCCAAGGAAAUGGUCGCGCUGCUGCGCAAGCUGCUGACGGUGAAUCCCGAGCACCGCUUCUCCUGCCUGGCGCACAUCCAGGCCUCGGCCCAGCUCUCGGGCGUGGUGUGGAGCGACGUGAGCGAGAAGCGCGUGGAGCCGGCCUUCGUCCCCAACAAGGGCCGCCUGCACUGCGACCCCACCUUCGAGCUGGAGGAGAUGAUCCUGGAGUCACGGCCCCUGCACAAGAAGAAGAAGAGGCUCGCCAAGAACAAGUCAAGGGAUAACAGCAAAGACAGCUCGCAGUCUGAAAAUGACUAUCUCCAGGAAUGCCUUGAAGCUAUCCAGCAGGACUUUGUCAUCUUCAACAGAGAGAAGCUAAAGAGGAGCCAGGAGCAGCCCAGCGAGUCCGUGUCUGCCUCCGAGACCACCGAGGAGGCCGAGGCCGAGCCCCUGCACAUGUGCAGCUCCGUGUGCUCCUCGGGCAGCAGCUAGGCCGGGGCUGGCCGCCGCCCUCACUGCCCUCAGGUGCGCCGAGCACCCGAGCCCGCCGGACAGCACCGGCAGCUGCCCCGAGACUGCAGCACGCCAGAUUCACACAGGACUGCCCGGGCCGUGGAUGGCCAGGCCAGGAGCCAGAUUGCCACAGGACUGCCCCGCACCAUGGCUGCCUGCUGGGGAGGAUACGGCCUAUGCAACUUGUCAGGAGGAGAUCAACUUAUUUCGUCUUUCUGGUUUUGUGUCAGGUUGCUGAUCCACACGUUUUUAAUGCAGUGAGAGGACAGGGAACGAAGCCAUGUCCUUGGGCCCCACGGGGAGAGACAAGGAGCAGGGAGGAAGGCCAAAGAGGUGGUGUGAGCUUGGCUUUGGCACUCCCUGUUCACAAAUGCUGCUCUGGGGAUGGGCAAUCCCUGUGCAAACCAGAGCAGCCCCGGGGCUCUGGCACCAGCUCCUGGGAGCCUGCAGCUGCUUGGGCCCUGCAGCACAAGGAUGUCCCAGGCACCUCCUUGUCCCUGUGUCACCUGUCAGUUCCUUCAGAUUCAAGGCAAAUUAAUGUUUUGUGUGCACUCCAUGGAUUCUUCAGGGGCUGGGUAAUGGUUUGAUGUGUAUUUGAGAUGCAUUUAAAAUGUUUUCUUCCUUGUUGUGUCUGCUGCAGGCAGUGAGGAGCUGUGGGAUGGGUUGGAGGCUCUGGCUCCAUGUGCCCAGGCUCAGAGGACACAGUUUAUCACAGGCUGAGGUUUUGUUGGAGGCAGAGUGGGUGGCCUUGCAAGGCUGCUUGGUUAUGAAAGACAGGAAUAUUGUAUUUCACCCUUCGAUUUACUUUAUUUUCAGUGUAAAGUACAAGUACUGUAUAUAAUUUGCCAAUACCUGUCUUAACUUCUUACUAAGACAGGAAAUCUUCCCUUGCUCCAGCUGUGGGUGUUGCCUUUCUUGUUGCAGGGCCUUCACUGCUGCAGAGGGAGGGGUUUUGGUCGCUGUGCCCCCGAGCCCUGCAGUGCCACAGGACUGCUCCAGGUGUGUGGUGGGACCACAGUCACCAUCAGCCAUCAGCAGCUGUGUGUGCCAGGCACUGCAGGCUGCAGUGUUUGCACCCCUGCUGGGCAUUCCUAAUGCAGAAACGGAUGGGAGGUGUUUUUAACAGAUCAGGUUCUGGCAGCACCAGUUUUGCUGCGGUUUUUGUUUCCAUGAACAAACCAGAAAGGCAGAAUGGGACAAAAUGAUCUUCCACAGGCAAGGGCACAGCGUGUGUGUCUCCCACAGUUUUAUGUGGGAAUCAGUGUGUGGCUGCACUUGUGCAGAGAUGUGUUUUCAGUGAACUCUUUAGGGCUGUGCAGGAGGAGGGGAGCUGCAGCUCUGGCUCCAGUUGCAUGGUUAUUUUCAGGGCAGAGCCAGUUAUGAAUUGCAGGUGAUUUACUCCAGCACUGUGGGUAGGGUUUUACAGUGAAUUCCGUUGCACUAUUUGGAAACUUCCUGUAAAUAACAGUAAAAUUUUGGACUAUUGGAAUGACAAGGAGCAGUGCUGAUUUUUUGACCAAACCAUCCCACAGAUGAGUGAUGAAGAUACAUCCUCUUCAGCCAGAAGCUGUCAGGCCAGGAGAGGUGUUGGCAGUUACAGGACGUGUGUAAUCGAUGUUUUCGUUGCUUCCUUAGGACAAGAGACAGGUGUGGUGGGGGUUGGUGUGUGUGGGGAGGAGCUGGCUUGCUUCUCAAACUGAGCCUGCUCAGCCCAAGCCCUCUCUCUGUCACUCACCCGUUCCCCUUGCAGCACUCCCCUGCUGCAGGGCAUUGUGCCACACAGCAGCACCUGGCACAGACCAGGAGGGCUUCUGGGGAUGCCAGGGAAGGGCUCCUGCCCAGGGGAAACACUCUGGGUGGGUCCUGGCUGCCUGGGCAGCACCCUGGAACCCAGCAGUGCAUCCCUGGGAUGUGCUGGGGACACUUGGACCUGAGUCCCUGAGAGCAGCACCAGGACACAGAGCUGUGGGUCACUGUGCUGGCUGGGAGUGACACCGUGGACACAGUGCUGGAGUGCUUGGUUUUGGUUGUAAAUAAUAUUUGGGCAUAACCUCACCAGAGCCCCUGGGGGACAAGGUUUCAUUGCCACCUGUUUGCACUCAGUCCCUGCAGUAGAAAUGGCACGAAAAGAGCAAUUGGAAAAGGGACAAGUGACAGGAACAUCAGUGACAGCAGCUCAGCGUUACUGUCAUUGUCAGAACCCCUGUGGAGGUUUCAGUGCUCCUGCCCCCCGUGCCCCUCUCUGGGCCCCUCCUGUGUCCCCAUUGCCGUGUCCCUGUGUGAGCCAGUGCCAGCUGAGCCCAGCUCAGUCCUGUUGGCCCUGCACAUCUCUGUGGCUCCUGCCAUGGUGCCCCACGUCUGGCUAACCCCAUCCACAAUGCAGUCCUGGGCUCUGAUCCCCUCUGCUCCCUGUGCCACUCCCCUGGGUGUUCCCUGGCCCUGGCACAGGCUGGGCUGGGCAUGGCUGUGGUGCCCGUGGUGGUGCCCUUGUUCUGGCUGAGCCCUGGCUGCUGCUGCUGCUGCUGCUGAGCCAACCUCACAGUGAACUCGUGACAGAGCCCUGGUCCCACGUCCCAGCUUGGCAGGUGUCACCAACAGCUCUGGGCUGCACCUCCACCACAGCCAGAACACAGGAAUUUUCUGUACAUAAAUAUUUAAAUACCUGUAUUUUUUGUAUGACAGAUUUAUACAGUGUGUGCCAUUAUCUGCUGUGAAAAGUCUACAGCACCUAUGAAUUAUUCUCCUUUAAUCACUUGCCAUGAGAUUGUUUUCUUAUCUCUGUUGUGUUACAAAGUUUUGCAAAGUUGCAUAUUUUUAAGUGUUUGCAUUGAAUUCCACAGCCUUCACUGGGAAUUUUGUGCAUAAGACAAAUGGCAGGUCAGGUCCUGAUGUUUCUUCUGUUGCCAAUUCUCUAUUACUCCAGAGCUUGCCAAAAGAGUUUAAGAGUAAUAAAAUAAUAGCAAAGAUACCAGUAAUAUGGACUUGACCCUGGACUGAAAUCCUGCUGCCUUGAGAGGGUAUUUUUAAAAACUAUUUCAGUGCAGAUAUAUGUAAAUAUAUCAUUGUAUUUUAUGUUAAUACAUUCCUGUAAUUUUCUUGCAUGACAAUUUUACCACAUCACAGAAUAUUUAAGUUAUGACAAGGCUGUGUUUUUGCAGAUACUGUCGGAAGCCAUUGCACAUGUGGAGUAAUAAAUGUGUAUUUUUAACAUUG